UGAUGAUACACAUUCAAAUAAUGUCCAAAGACUCAAUGAGGAGGUUACAACAGAGCAAUCUGAUAGGACAGAAUUAACGUCUGCUCAAACUCAAAAUGAGGCUAAUCAAACUCAGAAUGAGGCUGAUACUGCUGAAUCAAAUAUUGCCAGUGGAAUAAAUGAAGAUGACAGUGCCAUAGAUGAGAAUAGUGCAGUUAACUCUGAACAAACCAUUGAAGUAGUUAUUAAUGAGUCUGAAGCCAACAUAUCUCAGACUCCAUCAAUUAGAACUUCAACUUCUUCAGAAAGAACCCCUACCCCCUCAGCGAGUUCCCCCACCCCCUCCACUUCAACCAUCCAAGACUCUCCUAUGCAAACCUUAUCUGCUCAAACCCCACAGUCUGCUUCAGAUCGCAGACCGAACAGUUCUGUCGCUAGUCUGUCUUCUCAAUUGGCUGACAUACCCGUUAUAUCAUCUCGGGUUUCAUUGGAUGCUUUACACGAUCAUAGAGACAUCACUGAUGCUACGGCACUUAACAACCUUGAAGAUGAAGUAUUCGAUGGAAAUGCCCCCACAGGAGUUCCAUCCUUUCAACGAUUAUUUAGUCGGGAUAGCAAUAAUGAUGUUUUAGAAACCGAGGGUACAACUCAUGCUCGAUUGUUUAGUAGAGGAAGUGGGAGUGUUACGAUCGAACCUGAGGGUCGGACCCAUACUCGCUUGUUCAGUAGAGGGAGUGGUAGUGUCUCCACUGACCCCCCUCCUUUCCCCGCGAAUGAGUUCAGCUCCCCAUCUGAAACCAGAGAAGGGAUGUUAUCACCCGUUGCCGAUGCUGAUGAAACACAGGGAACAACUCAAAAUGAUACAAAUGCAGUAGCAGAGGGAGCAUCUCAAACAAACACUCAGUCCACGGGGGCUGUGCUACAACAAAGGUCACAGGGGUUGGAUAGUACAUUAAAUACAAGUCUGUCUGAAGAAAUAUGGGAACCAAGAGAGGGCGCCAUUGUUGAGGAUACAACUGUGGCUCCCUCUGGUAUAGCACAACCAGCACAACCAACACAACAAGAAGCGCAACCAAAUGAAAUAGCACAACCCAAUGACAAUGCAGCACAACCAGAUCAAGACACAUCCCAAAUGAACAAUGAUGAACCAGAAGGUAACAGCCAAUCACGACUUCCAAAUGGGACAGUUGCCGCGACAACAGGUACAGGGACAGGAAGUGGUUCUACCCCUACAUCCAGUAGACGAAGUUCCCAUCAUGCUAGACAGAUUGCCUUCCAGCGUGUCGACCCCCUGCCGGGAGAGGAGCCCUUACCCCCAGGCUGGGAGGUACGAAUAGAUAGUCACGGUCGCAAAUUCUACAUUGACCAUAUCAACCGCCAAACAACAUGGACUCGACCACGUGCCCAACAGGUGCCUCCAACUGGGCAAGCUGUACGGAGAGUGCCAUCUAUUAGCAGUGAACAAAGGGAAGAUUUGGACAGGAGGUAUCGGAGCAUACGUCGCACGAUCAAUGACUCAUCACAACCUCGAGUUGAUGAACUUGGUGGAACGCCACCUAUAGACCAUGCCACACCAGCGCAGUCCUCGGAACAGCCCGCCCCCACCACCAGUGCGACAACCUCACCCCAGAGGAACAUAGACUCCAGUACUUUGAUGCAGUUUCCGGCCAUUAAGUUUCUCACUCGACCCGACCUCUUCUCACUUAUUCAGAACGCUCAGGACAGUAUGGCAGAGUAUAACAGAAACAGUACAUUAAAACAUAUGCUGACGAAAAUAAGGCGAGAUCCGCAAGUCUUUCAAAGGUAUCAACAUAACAGAGAUCUUGUCGGAUUCUUAAACAUGUUUGCUGACCCAAACAUGGAGCUACCGAGAGGUUGGGAGGUGAAAUACGACCGCUCUGGAAAAGCGUUCUUCAUCAACCAUACGGAAAGACGCACCACGUUUAUCGAUCCACGAUUACCAGUUGAUGUUCCGAUUAUGCAGAAUGGUAGCUUGAUGCCUUUGAUGCGACAACGGAGCCGUAGCGCUGGGGAGAGGGAUAUGCCAGGGAUGGCACCCACACCUCCACCCAGGCCUAACAAUGCAGAUGCAACAGCCUCCUCAGCUACAGCUGCUGUUCCAUCAACUUACAAUGAAAGAGUGGUCGCUUUCCUAAAACAGCCAAAUAUUGAGAAAAUUCUGUCUGAGCGGCAUCCCACGUACAGAUAUGAUAGUUCACUGAAGUCAAAAAUUGCCAAAAUUGUCAAGUUUGGUGAACCACGAUUAGAACGCCUUUCAAAUGAUGUCGACUUAAUAGUUCUGCUAAGUAUGUUCGAAAAUGAGAUAAUGUCAUAUGUACCUCCUCAUCUCGCCACUGUCUCUAAACAACACAAUAGCCCCCUUGGGUCCCCCCAGGGGUCGCCAGCAUUGCAGCGGGCAAAUGUACGGGUACCUGCUCCUUAUAAACGUGACUUCCAAGCGAAAUUGAGAAACUUCCAUAGAAAGCUAGAAAAUAAAGGAUAUGGUCAGGGUCCUGGAAAAGUAAAGCUAUCUGUAAGAAGAGACCACGUUCUAGAAGAUGCCUAUAACAAGAUAAUGGCUACCAGCAAGAAAGAACUACAAAGAAGCAAAUUGUUCAUUAGCUUCAAGGGGGAAGAAGGGUUGGAUUAUGGUGGCCCCGGGAGAGAAUUUUUCUUCCUCCUUUCUAGAGAGCUCUUCAAUCCAUACUAUGGCUUAUUUGAAUACUCAGCCAAUGAUACUUACACAGUGCAAGUCAGCCCAAUGUCUGCCUUUGUAGAGAAUGCUCACGAAUGGUUUAGAUUCGCAGGACGUGUGAUAGCACUGGCUCUGAUACAUCAAUACCUGUUAGAUGCUUUCUUCACCAGGCCUUUUUAUAAGGCACUUCUCAAAUUGGGUACCACGCUAAGUGACGUCGAGGCAAUAGACACAGAAUACCACCAAAGUAUUUUAUGGAUUAAAGAAAAUGACAUCACAGAUAUGGGACUAGAUUUAACAUUCUCCGUAAAUGAAGAAGUAUUCGGACAAAUAACUGAACGAGACCUUAAACCAAAUGGUCGACACAUACCAGUGACUGAAAAAAAUAAAAAGGAUUAUAUAGAUCGUGUUGUUAAGUGGAGAGUUGAACGUGGAGUUGUUGAACAAACCGAGUCGCUUGUCCGAGGUUUUUAUGAGGUCAUUGACUCGAGAUCAGUGUCGGUGUUUGACGCUAGAGAACUAGAACUUGUAAUAGCUGGAAUCGCUGAGAUCGAUACAGCUGAUUGGAGGAAACAUACUGAAUAUCGCUCAGGCUACCAUGAAAUGCAUCCUGUUGUUCAGUGGUUUUGGAUGGCUGUGGAGAGAUUUGACAGUGAGCGCAGAUUACGUCUGCUCCAAUUUGUUACAGGGUCAUCCAGCGUCCCAUAUGAAGGGUUUGCAGCACUACGGGGUAGCAAUGGGCCUAGGAAAUUCUGCAUCGAGAAAUGGGGGAAGAUUUCUAGUUUACCAAGGGCACAUACCUGUUUUAAUCGGAUUGAUCUACCAGCCUACAACUCAUUUGAGAUGCUUUUUGACAAACUAUCUACUGCAGUUGAGGAGACUAGUACAUUUGGGAUUGAAUAGAUGGCGCUGUGCUUUAUAUGAAAAUGCCAGGAUGUGGAAUACAAGAUGGUGC